CCAAGAUGGCCGCCGAUGCGGGAUCGAUGGCUCGAUAUCGGGAGCCCGGGGCUCUCCGGCGGCGCCAGAAGGAGCUUAAUUCUGUUGCUUCCGAACUGGCGGCACGGCAGGAAGAAAGCGAGCAUUCUCAUAAACAUUUAAUUGAACUCAGCCGGGAAUUUAAGAAAAAUGUACCUGAGGAGGUCCGCGACAUGGUGGCUCCUGUCUUGAAGAGCUUCCAGGCAGAGGUGGUUGCUCUUAGUAAAAGAAGCAAAGAAGCAGAAGCAGCGUUCCUGAGUGUUUACAAGCAACUGAUUGAAGCUCCAGAUCCUGUACCGGCCCUCGAGACGGCGCGGAGCCUUGAAGACCGGCGCCAGCAGCUGCACUGCCUUGGUCCUGAAAACCCACCUUUGAAGGAGCUGAACAGGCCGCGGAAGAAGAACUCGGAGCUCCUUUGUGCAAAAGAGCAACGGGAGGGGACACCUCCGCCCGGCCUGGCUGCUUCGGAGGGGCCCAGGCUCGCCAGCAUCAACAGCAAAGCACUCCUUGCGGAAAACUCGCUCCAUAGAAAUGAAGCCGAGAAGCAAAAGGGCCUGCAGGAAGCACAGAUCACUUUGGCCGCUCGGCUGGGGGAAGCAGAAGAGAAGAUCAAAGUGCUCCAUUCAGCACUGAAGGCAACCCAGACAGAGCUGGUCGACUUGCGGUGUAAAUACGAUGAAGAGGCAGCUUCAAAGACAGAUGAAGUGGCCAUGAUUAUGACGAACCUUGAAAAAGCCAAUCAGAGAGCCGAGGCUGCCCAGAGGGAGGUGGAGACCCUGCGGGAGCAGCUUGCCUCUGUAAACAGCUCUCUUCGCCUGGCUUGCUGCUCUCCCCAAGGAUCCAGCGGGGACAAAGUCAAUUACUCCCUGUGCCCAGGGCCCCGGCUGGAGGCAGCGCUGGCCUCCAAGGACCGGGAGAUCCUCCGCCUUCUCAAGGAGAUCCAGCAUUUGCAAAACUCCCUGCAGGAGCUAGAAGAGUCUUCGGCCAACCAGAUUGCAGACCUGGAGCGACAGGUGGCAGCCAAGAAUGAUGCAAUAGAGAAGUUGGAAGAAAAGCUGCGGGCCCAGUCAGAUUAUGAGGAAAUCAAGACGGAACUAAGCAUUUUGAAAGCGAUGAAGCUGGCCUCCUCUAACUGCAGCCUUUCCCAGAGCAUAUCAAAACCCAGUGAUGUUUUGCUUCUGGGAAAGGAAUCCUUCUACCCGUCGCAGAAGUUCCUUUUGGAAAAACCAGGCCUCGUACCCAGUACUGAGGAGGAUCCCUCGGAGGAUGAGUCGGUGAAGGACUCCAUGGGCACAGACCAAUCCUACCUUUCCCCUCAGCACCUCUCGCACCCGCUCCGGGAAGAUUCGACCUCCCCGUCCCUCAUCCAGCCGCUGCUGGGCCCCUCCAUGGCUCAGGAGGUACCAAGGACUUUCACGCUCUCGCCUUUUCCUGCUGAGCGGAUCCCACUGGACUCCCUCCUCCCGAAACAGAUGGGGCCUCCUGCGUACAAGAACGAGGCUGGCGGCAUGGCAGUCUUCCCUUCCACUUUCUACUCCGCCAAGGCGGCAGCGUUGCCGGGCAACCCCAGCCAAGCCAUCCCAGCCAGCGAGGCAAGCCCUCCCAGUGACCAGUCGGAAGGCAGCAGUUCGGGUUCGGCCGAUGAGGAGCAGCUGGACACAGCCGAAAUUGCCUUCCAGGUGAAGGAGCAGCUCCUCAAGCACAACAUUGGCCAGCGCGUGUUUGGCCAUUACGUCCUCGGCCUCUCUCAGGGCUCCGUCAGCGAGAUCCUGGCCAGGCCAAAACCUUGGCGUAAGCUCACGGUCAAGGGGAAGGAGCCGUUCAUCAAGAUGAAGCAGUUCCUCUCCGACGAGCAGAACGUCUUGGCCCUGAGGACGAUCCAAGUCCGCCAGAGAGGCAGCAUCACGCCGAGGAUUAGGACCCCAGAGACUGGCUCUGACGAUGCCAUCAAGAACAUCCUAGAACAAGCCAAGAAGGAGAUUGAGUCACAGAAAGGAGGGGACACCAAGAGCUCUGCGGUGCCCCAGGUAAUCGCCAACGGCACCUGCGCCAGCAACUCUGAAGACGCCAUCAAGAGCAUAUUGGAGCAGGCCCGCCGGGAGAUGCAGGCCCAGCAGCAGGCCUUGCUCGAGAUAGAAGCGGGGGGCGCCAGCAGGCCUGUCGCCACACCACCUGUGGAGCGCUCGACCCUGGCGACGGUCAGCCAGAACAUCGUCCAGGCUUACAUCAAGCAGGAGGAGGGCAUGCUGGGCCCAAACGCCAGUGGCAGCACAAUGCAGAACCCCCUGACCGUGCUCUCCCCGGCGGCCUUCGUGCAGAGCAUCAUCCGGAAGGUCAAGUCCGAAAUCGGGGACGCCGGCUCCUAUUUUGACCAACACUGGGCUUCCGAAAGGAGCUUGCUGAGCCGUCCGUACACCUCCGUGUCGCCUUCCUUGUCCUCCUCGUCCAGCUACUCCAGCAUGGCCAAUGGGCGGGCGUGGCAGCGGGGCGAGCCCAGCGACGCCAUCCCGAACGAGGAAGACCUCGUGACUUCUGAGGAUGAGCCCCACAGGGUGAUAGAGGUCAAGUCGGAAGUGGCCGGCUCAGAAGCCCAGGGCGCCGGGCGCCUGUCCUACUACCCGUCCUACGUGCCAAGGACUCUCAAACCCACCGUCCCGCCCUUGACGCCGGAGCAGUAUGAGUUGUACAUGUACAGGGAAGUGGACACCUUGGAGCUGACGCGGCAGGUCAAGGAGAAGCUGGCCAAGAACGGGAUCUGCCAGCGCAUCUUCGGGGAAAAGGUGCUGGGUCUGUCUCAAGGGAGCGUGAGCGACAUGCUGUCUAGGCCCAAGCCCUGGAGCAAGCUGACCCAGAAAGGCCGGGAGCCCUUCAUACGGAUGCAGCUGUGGCUCACAGACCAGCUGGGCCAAGGCAUUAGCCAGCAGGCCAACCCGCCACACGCCAGUCCAGGGGAGGCUCGGUCUUCCCCUUCCCCACCACCCAGCCCCUCGGAGCAAGAGAAGAGCCCCCCCGAGCCGCUGAGCCUCGCCCUAGAAAGCAGCAAAGAAAACCAGCAGCCGGAGAGCAGGUCCGGUUCCUCGCUCAGCGGGAAGAUCUGCCCCAGCAGCCAGGCGUCUGUCGGCAUCCAGGAGAUUGUGGCCAUGUCGCCGGAGCUGGACACUUACUCCAUCACCAAGAAGGUCAAGGAGGUCUUAACGGAUAACAACCUCGGUCAGCGGCUUUUUGGAGAGAGCAUCCUGGGCUUGACUCAGGGGUCCGUCUCUGACCUCCUUUCCAGGCCCAAGCCAUGGCACAAGCUGAGCCUUAAAGGAAGGGAGCCGUUUGUCCGCAUGCAGCUCUGGCUGAACGACCCGCACAACGUCGACAAGCUCCGGGACAUGAAGAAGUUGGAGAAGAAAGCCUACCUGAAGCGCCGCUAUGGACUGAUCAGUGCCGGCUCAGACAGCGAGUCCAACACCCGCUCAGGGUGCCCCAGCCCCAGCCUCCAAUCUCAAGACCUCAGCCUUCUGCAGAUCAAGAAGCCAAGGGUGGUCUUGGCUCCCGAGGAGAAAGAGGCCCUGAAGAAGGCUUAUCAGCUGGAGCCGUACCCUUCCCAACAGACCAUCGAGCUGCUGUCUUUCCAGCUUAACCUCAAGACCAACACAGUGAUCAACUGGUUCCAUAACUACAGGUCCCGGAUGCGCCGUGAGAUGCUGGUGGAAGGAGCGCAGGAAGACACAGACCCGGAGCAGAGCACGACGCCAGGCAGCAACUCCCUCAAGGACCCUCCGCCCCAGAGCCCUGACUCCGAAGAGGAGGACAGGAAGCCCACCUUCAGAGACGCCGGGUGCCAAGGAGAAAGCGAGUCCCUGGUCCAGAUCAAGGAGGAGCAGGUGGAGGACUGUGCAAACCACAGGGACUCCUGCAGCAUGGAUGGGGAGAUGGGGACUCUUUCCAGGUCCAGCCUCAAAGAAGAGCCAGUGGAGGCGGCGUAUACGGGGAGCCCAAACGAGGCUCACAGUGUGACAUGGGGCAGCGCCCCACAUAACAAAACACACGUCCCUGGGGCUCCCGAUUACCCCUCUUUGCAUAACCCCCUGGAGUCAGACAGCAGCGAGAGGCCGCACCCUGACCCCAUUAGCUUUAAAUCCGCUUCCGAGUCCUCCCGCUGCAGCUUGGAGGUCUCCCUGAACUCCCCGUCCGCAGCCUCCUCGCCAGGCCUCAUGGUGUCCGUCUCUCCCGUCCCGUCCUCGUCUGCCCCCAUCUCCCCAUUGCCACUGAGCGCCGUGGCUGCCAAAGCGCCGAGUUCAAGUCCUGCCACGGAUACGGGCUCGACGCCCCCAAAUGCCAAACUGAACACAAACAUCCAGCGGCGGCACGAGAAGAUGGCCAACCUCAACAGCAUCAUCCACCGGCUAGAGAGAGCAGCCAAUCGUGAUGAAACCCUAGAGUGGGAAUUUUAAGGAGGCCGAGUCAAAAAGAAAUAAAACUACCCAUAUUUUGUUGUCCAGAUUUUAGAUGCUGUUGAACAAGCUGGUGAAGCAGGGAGCCGUAGCAGAGUGUGUACAGAAAUAGAUCUAUCUAGCUAUAUAUAUAAUAUACAUAUAUCUAUUUUAUUAAUUUCCUCGACUACUAAGGAAGAGAGAUAAACCAGCUCCAUUUUGUUGAACAAGAGUGGUUGAACAGCUACGCUGUAGCUCCUUUUCUUAGCUCCUGACAGGAAGAUAAAAUUGACCUUGUUUGUUUUAAAUGUGAAAACGAAAAAAAACAAAAAACAAACAGAAACCCACUUGGGAACACUUUUAGAAGAAGAAAAAAAAACAUAUUAAGAUAAUAUUUAUAGACCUCUUUUAGAUAUUUUAAUAAAAGGAAACUUUGGAAUUUAUUAACAGCUCAAGCUGCUUUGAUAUUAAAAGAUAGCUAUAAACUGUAUCAGUUGUGUCAUUAAAUGUCCACUGAAAAAGUCUUGUAGUUUGCCACUGGAUGAGAUUAAAAAAUAAUUUAAAAAUUUAAAGAUA